UCUCACUAAAACUGUCGUCGGCAUCAGUUUGUAAAUAAAUUUCGUUUGAAAUAGCAGUUUUCUUUACAAUAUCGAAAUUUAAAGAAAAAGAAACUCUCACUCAUCUCUGUUUCUCGCGAACAACGCGAGCGUAAGCGUGGUUCCGUCGAGAGUUGUCAGUUUGCUGAUGUGGUCGUACGCUGAAAAUAGAUUAAUGUAAUUCGUAUUUUCCUCGGUUUUUUUGGUGAAAAAAGCGCACACUUUAGAGAAUGAGUGAGAUCUGAAUUUGAUCUUUUUUCUCUUCUUCUUGCAAUCAAAAUAUCGAAAAGUGUCGUUGGAUCUGGCCCUAUUUUCAACUCACAGUCCAAUUUUUUUACCAGUUGAUUUGGUUGCUUUGGACGACAAGAAAGGCACCAAAAACGUGCGCUAAAUGAACGACUAAAAAAAACGAUAUGAAAUAAACAUUGUGAUCUGUUUUGAUUGUGCAAGUGUGAUAGUGACAACGAUUUCAUUCAGAAUGUGUAAAAUUAAAUGAAACUGACGAUAAAUUCAGUGAGAUUCAAGUUUAUAAAAACAAACCAAAUUUUUAAUGUGAUUGUAUUUCAACAGAUGCACGAUUUUGUUUUGGUGAUCUGCUAUUUUAGUUUAGUUUAUGAUCGAUUGCAUAAUAGAUGUCAUACAAAAACCAAAUGAUAACAUCGACCACAAACGACAACGGCUACGACGACGAUCAACAACAGACAAAAAAAAAUUAAUCAAAAUUAUGACAAUUGAGAUUUGGAUGACGUCCAAACAACUGUUCCAUCCCUUCUAACUCGGUCAGCCAGUCGAAAAAUGAGCACACGCUCGCAAAAUGAUUAAGUGAAUUUUACAAGCGUUGUUUGCAUUGAACGGAUUCUUUUUACAUCGUACAAACAAAAUAGUGUCUGAAAUUCCAAAUUAAACAACAACAAAAAAAAAAGAAACAAAACAGCGCACAUACAAAAACCAUUAAAUGCGAAAUGAUGCAAAAACAGUGAGGAAACGCCAAUUCUAAAUUUGAAGUACGUGAUUUUUCAUGUGAGUGUGCCAUAGCGAACAAGAAAUUUAUAUAGAAUGAAACUUUGGAAAUCGAAAAAGAGUAACAAUAACAAUGCGAGCAGCAGUAGCGGUGGAUCAACGUCCACAAUCAGCUGCGUGCCUAAAUCGUCUAGUCUAAACAAAACUAAUGACGCAAAAACCGAUACUGCAACAACAUCGUCUACAACAGUGUCGGGUGAACGUGCAAUGUCUCCGGCUCAAUCAGAAGAUUCAGGCUUGGCAGCCGACAGGGGAACGACAUAUGCAACCAUUUCGUUGCCUCGGGAAAAUGCUCAAGCAAUGGGAAUCGUAUUUCUCGAGCGUUUAGAUUUAUCAUAUCCACCAAUAAUCAGUGCAUUAAACACACUUGGUCCGGCCGCUGACUUUCUAGCACCAGGAGAUCGUAUACACCAAAUCGACGGCAUUUCAACAAUUGGAUUGACAAAUAAUCACGUUUUAAAUUUGUUACUGAAUGGAGAUCAACCAGCUGUCGUUGAAAUUGAAUAUUGUCUACCCGAGUACAUUUCACAAAACAGUGUCUGUGUAACGACAAAGUUGGCUCAAAUCACCGUGGAAAGAGAAAAUGGUUGUCUCGGCUUGACUUUGCGUGGCGGUGGCGAUUUUCCGCUGUUGGUGACAAAUGUUCGACCACAUGGGCCAGUAUUUAAAGUGAAUCGCAUUAAACCCGGUGAUCGAUUGCUUCGCGUUGACAAUAUUUCCCUUGUAAACAAAUCACUGCUGGAAGCACAACAGAUUUUGAAAUGUGGCCAUACGUCGGGCUUGACGAAUCUAACCAUCGAAUAUGAUGUCUCUGUUAUGCAAAGUGUGGAAUUUUCAUUGGGUCCGUUGCUGAUCGAAAUUGAGCGGCCGAUGAACGAAAAACUUGGCAUCAUUCUUAGCAAUUAUUCCAAUUUACAAGCGAGCACGAUGGAUACCAAAAAUGACAUCUGCCCAUCGGGCAUUUUCAUAGCUAGCAUAUUGGCAGCGAGUAUUGCUGAUCGGUGUGGCGCUCUUUCAGUCGGUGAUCAAAUUCUCUCCAUUGACGAAACGAUCAUUGAAAAUACAAGCUAUUCACCCGAAGAUGUGAUGUCUUUUUUGAAUGGGCCGUCUGAUCGUGGUUUCACCCAACUACAAAUAUUGCCCGUACAUGCGAUUCAACGAAAAGGCUACAAUACACUGGAUUCACGAAAAACGCCAAAGCAAAAGCGAUAUAUUCGAAAAGGUUCAGUGGGACCAUCUGGCUCCAGUUCGAGUCCAUUGUAUGCAAAUGCAGGUUUAUGUCAUGCAGAAACAAGUCAAGUGAUGCUUGAUUGUAGCCAAGGCUCUGGUAUAGUAAUCGGCACAAAAAUCGGUCAAGGAUAUGCAAUAACACACAUAAUACCUGAUUCGGCAGCCGAUCGAUGUGGUUGCAUUCAAAUUGGCGAUCGUUUAAUGUCGAUAAACAAAUUGUACAAUUUGGAUGCGAAUACAAUACGUCAGAUUUUGGGUGACAAUGGUGGCAGUAGCUCAGCAAUUAAUACGUACCAAGUUCCGUCACCGUAUUGGGUAGAAUUGGAGAUAGAAUUUGAUAUGUUUGACUCGGUGAUUCCGUCGCAAGGAGUGUUCAGCGUAAAAUUGGCCAAAGUAAAUAAGAGCGAUUUGGGAAUAACCGUGAAUGCAACGGCGCAUGGAUCAUUUAUCAUUUCGGAAGUGAAACGCGGUAGUCCAGCACAUCGAACCGGUUCAUUGCGUGCCGGUGACAUUCUACUCGCUGUUGAUUCACAACAAUUGCAGCACUAUAAUGUCGAUGCAUUGCUUAAAGAUCGCUCAAAAGAAUUCACAACACUUACAAUCAAUCGGAAUGCAUUGCCUGACUUUCUAUUUGACGCACAGCAACGAUUCAAUGGUAUUUAUAGCAACGGCAGUGGCAGCUCGAAAAACGAUUAUAAUAUUUAUGGUUCGGGAACUGUUGGGAAAUAUCUCGAAGGAAAGAAUGUUUCAUUUGAAAAAAUGUCAUCGUUAACGAAUACAAUGAAAGCAAAAAGUUGCCAACCAGAUUAUUAUCAUACGAAAGAACAAGAUAAAUCCCGACAGACAACACCAUUUUCCAGUGCAACAAUGCGACAUCCAUUUCUGUGUAAAACCAGCGAACCGCCAUGCUUCAAUCGAAACACAACUAAUGAUAAUACAAACAGUAUGACGACGGAAUUACCGGAUGAAGAUUACAACAACAGCGUUCCAUUUGACUUGGAUUAUCGUGAAAGUUUCGACUCCUCAAUGCCACCUCCAAUGGAUAUUCAUAAUUCCACGUAUGGAACCCAUCAAUUAGUUGUAAAUGUCAGACUCGAAAUAAAUGGUGGACCUUUGGGAAUCACGUUAUCUGGCAGUGAAGAUUCCAAUAAACCUAUUUUAAUCAGUGCCGUGUUGGAUGGUGGAAUUGCACAGAGCUCACAUCAAAUCAAUGUUGGUGACUGUCUAUUGGCCAUUAAUGGAGAAAGUGUACAGGGAAAACCAUUAUCACAUGCCACAAAGUUACUGCAAAAUCUUGGAAAUAUUGUGGAUUUGAAAAUUUCACGGAAUAUCAACGACUACGAAAACCAAUUCGUUUUACAUAGCGAUAUAAAUCCACAAGCAGUUUAUGCAAAAGUGCAACGAAGACCACGAACUCCGCUCUAUGGAAACGGCGUCAAUACGAAUAGCGUCGAAAUCGUUUCAAAUUCCAGCAAAGAAGAUGGGAACAGGUAUAGCUCAUUCCAUGUGACACUUUACAAAGACAAGGUGUAUGAUGAUUAUGGAUUUUCUGUGUCCGAUGGCCUGUACGAAAGGGGUGUUUACAUAAAUCGCAUACGAAGCGGUGGACCGGCAGAUACGGUUGGCCUUUUGAAACCAUUCGAUCGAAUUGUUCAGGUGAACGACACAAAAACCAAAGAUUUUGAUUGUUGUUUGACAGUGCCAUUGAUUGCGUCAGCCGGAGAUAAAAUCGAGUUAAUAGUUCAAAGACCAAUUAGCGAAUAAUUAAGAAAACAUAUACUAAAUGGAAUAAACCUAAUGUAAUUUAAUGAUAUUUCUAAAAAUUCUAUAAUUGUAGCAAUUGAAUCGAAUACACAACGCAAAUUCAACAUAACCUUUAAGUCAACAUUAUUUAUAAUCAUAUACUUACUAGAUAAUUCUUCGUGGCGACGACUAAUCAUCAAUUUAAAAUCAAAACGACACUAUAAGUAUUAGAAUUAAUUCAUUAUUACUGUUAGCUUAUGCGAAUGGCCAAAUUAUACUUAAGACGAUAAGAUAGUUAUUGAACCUGAAUUACAA